UCUCUCUCUCUCUCUCUCUCGUGACCUUGCUGGAAGGUUUUGGACUCCUCCAUUCUUCUUCUCUCAGCAGCCAACCCACCAUAUUUAAUUCCGACGUUUCUCCUUGAUUCCCAUAGUUUGAUCCUCGUCUGUGAUGGCUCUAGCUCGUGCUUGCCUCAGCAACGCUCUCCGAAGCCGCUCCUUCUCGUUGCUGCACACUGGGGGAGCCGCACGCUUAAGAGGACUCGCGGCGGCGCCUUCCUUCCCUUACUCUUCUUCCGGAGACGCUGCUGCCGACUCUUCUCCGGAAGACAGAAGUGAUCAGGUGGCGGCGACUCGUGCACCUUCCCCUGCUCGGGGACGCCGCAGCCGUCGGCUCUCAUGGAGGAAUCCCUGGGACCUCAGUCCCUUCCACCUCAACGAUGGGUUCGGGAAUGCGCUCCUGCAGGUGUCGGAGAACCUGAACGGGCUGUUGGAGAGGUUGUCGCCAUCUCGCCUGCUCGGCCGGCUGAAGGAGGACGACAAGUGCUACAAGCUGCGGUACGAGGUGCCAGGCCUGAGAAAGGAAGACCUGCGAGUCACGGUGGAAGAGGGGAUGCUGGUGAUAACCGGGGAGUCCGAGGACGAGGACGCAGGGGACGAGUCGUCGUCAUCGACGACGGAGGACGAGGGGGACGGCGGCUGGCACACGAGGAGGUACGGGUACAUCAACGCCACCUUACUGCUGCCGGAAGACGCCAAGGCGGACGAGAUUAGGGCGGAGCUGAGGGACGGGAUCCUGCGCAUCUACAUACCCAGGUCGGAGGAGAAGAAGAGCAACGCAAGGGAGAUCGAAAUCAACUAGCCGCCGUAUGUUGUGCUUGUGUUGUUUCCUACUACAGGAGAAUAAGACAUCGACUGUUUGUGGACUCGCUGUAAUGUCAUUGUCGUCGGCACUUGGAAGGAGUAAGACUCUCAUCUCGGCUGUAGUCGGUGGUGCCGUCAGCGCCCACCGGGCGGAGCAUGACAUGGACCGUGGCACUGAUCAAGCACAAAUGGGCCGCGCACUCUAACAAAGCCAGUAUGAGUUGGGCCUUUUCUGGGCCCUAAUUUAUCAACAGCUAGCAAAAGAUCACAUCCGUCAUAGACUAAAUAACAUGUAUUACAUUUAAAAGCGUUAAAAAAUUAAUUAUUGGCUCUUUUCCUAUUAAUAUUGUAUUUAA